GAAAGUUUUAUUUUUGGUCAAAAAAUUAGACUCCCGUGGCUUUGAUAAUCGUCACAACGUGUGUAGAUUGCAUUACAGUGACAAGGGGCCCACCGCUAUUGAACAAUCUCCGCACGCACCCACGCCGCCCAUUCACAAGAUCUCCAACCUCCCUUCCUUCCCCCUUCUCUCUCUCUCUCUCUCUCUCUCCAAGCUCGAAUUCUUACCUCAACUUCCCCUCUCUCUCUCUCUCUCUCUCUCUCUCUCUCUCAUCCCCAACCGCAUUGCGAUUAGGGUAAAUUAAACGACCGAAUGCGUUUGUUCUUGUGCGAACUUAAGCAGUCGAUGGAUCCGUUCGAUUGAACCCCCCGAGUUCGACGUUUGAAGCCUCCAAUGGACUCGAUCUGGAUCGACAGUGGCGGCCCAAGCGCUUGGCAUUUCGCAAUCGCGAUAUACUUCGCCUUCGGCUUCGUCGCCGCGAGGUUCUUCCUUGACAGAUUCAUAUUUCGUAAGCUGGCCAUUUGGUUGUUGUUCAAUGGUGCCAUCCCCUUAAAGCUGAAUGAUACUACGCAGGCAAAGAUAGUAAAAUGCUCGGAGUCUAUGUGGAAACUGACAUACUAUGCCACUGUUGAAAUUUGCAUUUUAUCAAUUACCUACCAUGAGCCAUGGUUAAGAGAAGCAAAAGGAUACUUUAUAGGCUGGCCAAAUCAAGAAUUGAAGAUUCCACUAAAGCUCUUCUACAUGUGCCAGUGUGGGUUCUACACCUACAGCAUUGCUGCCCUCCUUACAUGGGAAACUCGAAGGAAAGAUUUUUCUGUGAUGAUGUCUCAUCAUGUGAUCACUGUCAUUUUGAUCAGUUAUUCAUAUGUUACAAGCUUCUUCCGGAUUGGCUCUAUUAUACUUGCACUGCACGAUGCAAGUGAUGUGUUUAUGGAAGCUGCUAAAGUUUUCAAAUACUCUGAGAAGGAGCUUGGAGCAAGUGUGUGCUUUGGACUUUUUGCUAUUUCAUGGCUUCUACUGAGGCUAAUAUUCUUUCCAUUUUGGAUUAUAAAGUCCACAAGCAAAGAUCUCUGCAAUUUUUUGAGGUUGUCAGAGGCAUAUGACACUUUAUUGUACUAUGUCUACAAUACGAUGUUGGUGACCCUACUUAUGUUCCACAUAUACUGGUGGUAUCUCAUAUGUUCAAUGAUCAUGAGGCAGCUGAAAAAUCAAGGGAAAGUAGGAGAGGAUAUACGAUCCGAUUCAGAGGAUGAUGAAUAGGUGGAUUAUUGUGCUCAACUGGUUUUUAGCACCGAGAUGUCUAGCCAACGGAAUAUUUCUUUUCAUGGGGCACUAGGCCAUUGUCAGCUGGAAAUUUAUUUGGAGCGUCCUUCUGUGGAAAGUUUGACUGCUGAGUUGUGUGCAAAUUUUCAGUGCAUCAGUUGAUUCAUGCGGGUUGAAAACUCUUUCUACCCUUUGAAUAUCCUCCCUUUUUUCCAUUUCUUUCUAUUGGAACAGAAAUGGAGGUAGGACCAUAUAGUAUGUUACAUCCUGGUUAAGUUUGGUGUAAAAAUAAUAGGUCUGUUGCAUUUUUGUUUCCUUUGCUCUCGAGAAACUGAUGAUCCCUUGUGUUGACAAAUUGCAUUCGUAGGAAAAACGGUAAGAGCAAUCUGAUUAGUCAGAUCAUUGCUUAUUCCUCAUUCUGCCUAGAAUAGGGUGUUGCUUUGACCGGCCAAUGUCAAUAAGAGUAAAUGCUCAUUUUUCUGGGAGUUGCGGAAGCACAAUUGUUUAGGUC